AUGGGGAACAUACCGAUAUGUUGUGCCGAAGAAAAAUCACCAGAUGCGGAGCAUGAGACCAUGGUGGCAGAGGUGGCAAUCCGUGAGGAUCCCGGAUUCAGCGCUGCUCCGCUUGUGAUCACGUUCCUGCUUCCAGAUGGCAGAAGCACGAGAGAUGUAUGGUUCUACGAAAGCCCGCUUGGAUUGGACUUCAGCAUGCGUUUGCCGAUGAAGGUGAAGGCGGUGAAGCCUGGCUUCAUUGGUGAGCACAGCAAGGUUCAAGUUGGCUGGACCAUCCUGAGAAUUGAUGGCAGACCAGUGCCUGGCAGCUUCGAUGCGACGCUGAUGAUGCUGCAGAUGCGGCUGCAAGGGAUGAGGCGCCACUAG